AUGCCCUUACCAAGCAGGGCACGUGUUUAUGCUGAUGUUAACACACACAAGCCCAGGGAGUACUGGGACUAUGAAUCACAUGUUGUAGACUGGGGCAACCAGGAUGACUAUCAGGUAGUCCGAAAACUUGGCAGAGGAAAAUAUAGUGAAGUCUUUGAAGCAGUUAAUGUCACUAACAAUGAAAAGUGUGUGAUAAAGAUAUUAAAGCCUGUCAAAAAGAAAAAAAUCAAAAGAGAAAUCAAGAUUCUAGAAAAUCUCAGGGGUGGCACCAAUGUCAUUACAUUGCUGGCAAUAGUUAAAGACCCUGUGUCACGGACGCCAGCACUUAUAUUUGAACAUGUCAAUAACACGGAUUUCAAACAACUAUACCAAACUUUCAUAGACUUCGAUAUACGUUUCUACUUGUAUGAAUUGUUAAAGGCUUUGGAUUAUUGCCACAGUAUGGGUAUUAUGCACAGAGAUGUCAAACCUCAUAAUGUCAUGAUUGAUCAUGAAAACAGAAAGCUACGUCUCAUUGAUUGGGGUUUGGCAGAGUUCUACCAUCCAGGCAUGGAGUACAACGUCCGUGUUGCAUCGAGGUACUUCAAAGGCCCAGAACUUCUAUUAGACUAUCAGAUGUACGAUUACUCAUUAGACAUGUGGAGCUUGGGGUGCAUGUUUGCCAGCAUGAUCUUCAGGAAGGAGCCUUUCUUUCACGGGCAUGAUAACUACGAUCAGCUCGUGAGAAUUGCCAAAGUAUUAGGAACAGAUGAUCUCUAUGGGUACAUUGAAAAGUACCAGAUUGACUUGGACCCAAGAUUUAAUGACAUUUUAGGAAGACACUCCAGGAAACGCUGGGAGAGGUUUGUUCAUAGUGAGAACCAACAUCUUGUUAGCCCAGAGGCGCUGGACUUUCUGGAUAAGCUUCUUCGCUAUGACCACAAUGACCGAUUGACCGCAAGAGAUGCCAUGGACCAUCCUUAUUUCUAUCCAAUUGUGAAAGAGCAGGGACGGAUGUCAAAUAUUGCAGGGCACACCUCCCCCACCCCUGCGACUGCUGCAGGACAGAUUGGAGACUUUCCUGCCAAUUGCGCUGGAGGCACAUCCGGUUCCCAUGUCGUGUCCUUCAACAUUGCCGCCCUGCCCAACAAUGCAGCAAUUGCUCAGGGCUGA